AAAAUCGAUAGAAGAAUCACGAACGCUGAAAUUUGGUUAUGUUAAGUAACUCUUGUUAUUUCUCUCUUUCGAUAUCGUUAUCGUCUUCUUCCUCCUCUUAGGGUUUUCAGUUCGCACUCUCUUUUCACUUUCAGCACCCCCAAUAUUCUUCUCCAAAGGUGGGUUUUUGUUUGUAAUUGUGUACUCUAUGGUUGUUGAUUAAUUCUAAUGGUUGGAAUGUCGAAUAAUUUGGUUUCGGAGUCAGUAACCAGCAGUCAGAUGGCUCAAUUGGAGCCUAUUAUGAACAAGGCAGAUGGCUCAAUGGGACUCUUGCGUCCUGUGUCUACUGAUUCCAUGUCACAAAAUCAGGGAGCCUCGAAUGGUGAACCCGUGUCUCAAGGCUUACCACUUUCUAAUCGGUUGAGUGGUCAAGUAGGUGGCGGUGAUAUGGGAAUGCACCGGGUUAUUAUGCAGAACAAACAAUCCAUGCAAAUGGGGGCAGCGCCGAACAAUUUGGGCGCACAUCAAGUGUCAGCAGCUCCUAAGCGAAAGGCAACAAUGGAACUUCCUUCGGGUAGCUUUAUAACACCUAGCAAGCGGGAGAAACCAAUGGCACAAAGACCUUGGAUGCCACAAGGAUCUAAUUCAUCAACCAAAAUUGCUCCACGGAUGCAAUCCUCAUCAAAUCUUUCUAGGGUGAAUCAUUCGGCGGCAAGUGGUAAAAGAAAAACACAAGCGGAUAACACCUCAGGAAAACCCGCGACUCCUCGGUCCUCAAAUUCUAAAAAUCAGAAUGCACAGUUGAAAGAAUCCUCCAAGGUUCAGACUGAAUCAUCUGAGAGUGUUAGGUCAAAGAUGAGGGAGUCAUUAGCUGCUGCUCUGGCGUUGGUAUCCCAGCAAGAUAAACCUCUGGUGUCAAACGACGACAAACCUAACAAUGCUGCCAAUAGCUCUCAGUGUGCUGGUUCAGCAUCUGCAUCCGCUGACACUGCUCCGGAGCAAAAGCAGGAAAUUUGUCAGCCUGUUAACUCCUCUUUAGCUGGGGCUGAUUCCGUUGACCAUGUGAUGGGAGAAGAGCACUUGGAUAGUACAUCUACUGAAGGUUUUUCUGAAAAACCUAAGGAUUAUCAAGCGGGAUUCACAAACGUGUCAAACAAUGAAGACAUGCUGAGUUCCGAUAAGCAAGAUUUUCAGUCUAACUACACUUUAACUACUGAUGAUGUUCCUUUCAGUGAUAGUUUCUUUGUGAAAGAUGAACUUUUGCAGGGAAAUGGUCUUUCCUGGGUAUUAUCUGAUAUGGAUCAUAUGGUGGUCAUUGAUGAUCAAAGUGAAAGCCAAACUACGAUAGAGAAGAAAUUGGAACCUGAGGAAACAGGUGGAGUUUGUAGGGAGGUGGUCCCUUUACCUGAGCUUCUAGCAUCAAGGAUAGAAGCAGAGCUCUUCAAACUGUUUGGAGGUGUGAAUAAGAAAUACAAAGAGAAGGGAAGGUCUCUUUUGUUCAACCUGAAAGAUCGCAAUAAUCCUGAACUCAGAGAAAGGGUUAUGUUUGGUAAAAUUCUUCCAGAACAACUAUGUUCCAUGACUGCAGAGGAACUUGCUUCAAAGGAGCUUUCUGAGUGGAGGAUAGCCAAGGCUGAGGAGUUCGAUAAAAUCAAGGUUUUACCUGAUUCAGAUGUUGAUAUUAGACGUUUAGUCAGGAAAACGCAUAAAGGUGAAUUUCAAGUGGAAGUUGAACAUGAAGACAAUGUUCCAGUGGAAGAGGUGUCUGGUGGCAAAAAUUCUGUUGUUCGAAGGCAACCGGUUAAGAAGGACGUGGAAGGCACUUCUCCUUCCAAACCUGAUGUAGUCAAAAGCGAUGUAAACACUGAUAAUGAAAAGAGCAGCUUACAGACAGAUAAUCAAUUUUCCAUUACCAUUUCUUCCAAUGAUGGGACUGAUCCAAUGGAAGGGCUUAUGACAGAUGAUGAUGCAUUGAAGGACCCUAACUUUCUUCCACCAAUUGUAUCACUUGAUGAAUUCAUGGAAUCUCUUAAUUCUGAGCCACCGUUUGAAAAUUUACCUGUAGAGUCUGGAAAAGCACCUAUAUCGGAAGAGGAUGUUUAUGGGGUUGGAUCUAAAUCAAAAUCUUCUGAUUUAACUCCAAGUGAGCAAGAUGAUGUCAGUGCUAGUAAGUCUGAUAAGCUUCAAAGCACAGAUGCCGAGGAAGAAAAAAAAGUUAAUGCUGAUGCAGGGUCCAUCUCGUCUGAUGCAAAACACGGUGAAAGCCGAUCUGACACAAAGCCGACUGAUGGUCAUUCCAAGGAAAUGUCACCUGAUGGCAAAAAGUCAACUUCCAAUGAUGCUGAGUUGAGAGCUAGUCAGUUUCAUGCAGAAGAGAGACAUGGCAAGGAUAAAGUGUCUAAAACUACAGUUCCCAUUAAGGGUGAAUGCCUCUGGGAGGGAAUGCUCCAGCCAAACAUCUCAACCACUGAUUCAGUCAUUAGCAUCUUCAAAAGCGGUGAGAAAACUUCUACCAAAGACUGGCCUGGAUUUCUCGAGAUCAAGGGAAGGGUUCGACUGGAUGCAUUUGAAAAAUUUCUGCGAGAGCUUCCACAGUCAAGAAGUCGUGCCAUCAUGGUUUCACAUUUUAUUUCCAAAGGCAUAACCCCUGAGGAGCAAGCAACACUCCGUGAGGUGGCUGACUCGUAUAUUUUGGACGAGAGAGUGGGAUUUGCAGAACCUGUGCAUGGAGUUGAACUUUACUUUUGCCCACCUCAUAAGAAAACAGUUGAAAUGCUCAGCAAGAUACUUCCAAAGGAACAAAUUGAAGCAGUUAAUUCUAUUGAUAAUGGUCUAAUUGGUAUUAUUGUAUGGAGAAAAACUAAUAUAACUACAUCUAUAUCUCCCACCGCGCAAUCACAUCACAAACAUAGCUCUAAAAGGCAAAUUUUGAGUAGAAGACAACAAGAUACUAAUGUGAAUGCCAAUUCUACCCAUAAUGCAGUGCCCUCUAUGGGGUUUAAGACCACCGUGAGUGAACCUCCGAGUGGUGAUGAUGAUGAUGUUCCUCCUGGAUUCGGGCCACCAGCCCGGGUUGAGGAUGACCUCCCGGAGUAUAAUUUUUCCGGUAGUUCAAAUCCAUCAUCACACUUGGUUCAAAAACAUAUGGGACCAAGUAUGGUCACAUCUCACUCGGUUGUCCAAACCCCAUCACGUCCUGCACAACAAAUGAGAGAACUUGUACACAAAUAUGGGCAAAACAAAACAACUGUAACCUCGGUAAACUGGCAGGACAAAUUUGGGGGGUCAAUUCAACCCUGGAAUGAUGACGAUGAUGAUAUACCAGAAUGGCAACCUCAAAUCAACAACCAGAAUCAGUUUCCUCCUCAACAAACAAUGAAUAAUUUUCAUCUUAGACCUCAUGUUGUGAAUCAAUCAUAUGCGGGUUUACCCCAGCAAUCAAUUAUGCCGACACAAUAUCUGCAACCCCCUAUGAAUGUGACACAUGUACAGCAAAAUUUUGGCCCUCAGUGGGUUCCUUCUAUUCAGGGUAACAACACACAACCAAGUGCUGCACCACCCUAUGGAACACCUACACAAGGAACUACUCCGUGGUCUCAACAUGUUUCUAGAAGUAGAAGACUUUAGUUUCUUUUUCUUUCAUUUCAGUUCCUUUUAUUUUAGAUCUUUUACAGUUGUAGUUGUAGCCAUGUAAACUUUAGUGUCAGACUGUUUUCAUCUUUUUCCAACAUCAAUACCCUGUUGAGGUAGUAAACGGUGCAAAUGACUUUUAUUCUCUUCUACUGUUUUAGUUUGCGGUGAAUAAAUACGAUGGACGAUAGAAUAUUCCUUCAAUUUUAUUUUAA